CGUGGAGCUGUCGGAAUCAUAAAUACAACCUCUCUUCCACACACAUUCCCUUUCCCCUUUCCCAAACAUUCUCUCUCUCUAGGGAUUCGCCUUCACCUCGCUUCCAACAGUCUGAGCUUCCGCUCAAUACUCUGCCGGCACCGCAGUUUGUGAUCAGGAUUUCUAUGUCAUGGAACACAGCAUAACAACUCCUACUCCAAUGGACUCAACAGCCUCAAAGAUACAACAGCUUCAGAAAGCAUUUGCUGAGCUUGAAAGCCAUCGGGCCGUUACUCUCAACUUGAAAUGGAAACAGCUCGAGGAGCAUUUUCACGGGCUUCAGAAAUCAUUGAAGAGACGCUUCACUGAGCUGGAAGAACAGGAAAAGGAAUUUGAUACUAAGAUAGUUGAAUCUAAAGAGAUGUUGGAGAAGCGUAAAGCAGCUGUUGUGGCCAAAGAGCAAACAUCUCUUGAGAAGCUUCAAGAGAAGAGAGAUGCCGCACUUUCUGCAAUUGUCACUGCUUUGGGGAAACACGAGAACCCACUUUCUUCGGGUCCAGGAAUCGUAACUAGGGAAAACAAAGUUGAAGCACCAUGUCUGGAGGAUAAAGCUAUCAAUGUGUUGGUUUCUAUGGGCCGCAUUAAUGAUACUGCUAAAUCUGUUCAAAACAUGAAUGCAUUGGUUAAGUCUUACCCCGGGCUUGUGAAAUUGUGCCAAGAGAUGAACUCGGAAGGACUCCUCAAGUUUAUAUCUGACAACCGGAAGGAUCUUGUUACUUUGAAAGAGGAAAUUCCCGUUGCUCUACGUGCUGCACAUGACCCAGCCUCUCUGGUUCUGGAUUCACUUAAAGGGUUCUAUGGUGCAGAUAUGGUGAAUUCAGAUGCUAAAAAGGAUUCAAACCUCAUUGGCCUUCGCCGCACCUGCAUCAUGCUAAUGGAAUGCCUCAGCAGUUUAAUCUUAGGUCUGGAUGUGGACUCAGUUUCUGGCAUUAUCUCAGAUAAUGCUAAGGAACGAGCAAAAGCUAUUGCCGAAGGAUGGAAACCAAAGUUAGAUUACCUUGAUAUCGAUGCCAGCAAUGGCAAUUCAUUGGAGGCUCAUGCAUUCCUACAACUGUUGGCUACAUUUGGCAUUAAUUCGGAUUUUGAUCAGGCUUGCUUGUCAAAACUAAUACCCAUGGUUUCGCGUCGUCGCCAAACAGCUGAAUUAUGCCGCUAUCUUGGCUUGUCAGACAAAAUGCCAGGUGUGAUCGAUGUGUUGGUGAAGAAUGGAAGACAGAUUGAUGCUGUCAAUCUAGCUUUUGCAUUUGAGCUCACUGAUCAGUUUUCACCUAUUUCAUUACUGAAAUCAUACUUGUCCGAGGCCAAGAAAAUGCUGUCGCCUGCUAAACCUGGAAAUACAUCACCCGGUGUGUCUGCACAGAAUGAUGUGAAUGAGAAGGAGCUGACUGCACUUAAAGCUGUAAUCAAGUGCAUCGAAGAUCAUAAGCUCGAGCAGCAAUUCCAAGUGGAACCGCUCCAGAAACAGGUGCUUGAAAUAGAGAAAGCAAAGGCAGACAAGAAACGGGGGACAGAAGUUGCGAAACCACAGUCCAAAAGACCUCGUGCCAACGGCGCUAGUCACGUGCCUCGAGCUGCAAAUGCUGCGAGCGACAAGAAUUUCUACGGCGGGAUGACUGAGAGGUACCCGCAGUACGUCUACGACAGACCUGCGUAUGCCUAUGCUGCACCGAACAACCACCACAUUCCGUCGUACGGCACACCGGCUUACAGUUUCUCCCCCAGCCAUGGCAACUUCUUUGGGAAUGCUUAUCAGUAUCACACAGCCUACUUGCACUAAUCCGUAGAGAUGCUGAGACUCAUCAACAUUUAUAUUAACUAUUAGAGUUGACCCUCAGUUUGUGCAAUGCUCAACUUAUCAGCAUAAGUUAAUAUAUUAAAAAAAUGAAAAAAAGAAGAAAAAGGUUUAGCCUUGUUAAUUUCUUGCCUGUUGUUGUUGUAAAAGCUAAUAUUACUGUCUUCUAAUAGAUGCACUCUUUCUUCUUCUUC